AAACAAUUUUUUCAUUUUAUUGUCUGCAAAGUUAUUAUUUUUACAGAAAUAAAAGAAUAAAUGCAUUUUUUCCAUUGCAAUGUGUUAUGAAAUAGGACCAAACCUAAAACUUAUAUGCAACAUAUUGAAAAGCAGUACCGAGCAAAACUGUAAGGGACAGCGUUUUGAAAUAACACAGCUCUUAAAAACGCUUAACGCCAGCGAAAAGUUCUUGGUAGCCAGAUAUUUCUGUAAAUUACCUUGGAACAUUGGAAGCCUGUACAUUUUAAGUCAAUUGCAUGAGCUACGCAUUCUAACAGCCAGUGAAUACAUUUUAAGUUGCGAUGACAGUGAGGAGGUCCAACUUAUCCUUAAUGACUUUCUGGAGUCCCAAUACGAUUUGAUAACUAAUCUUUUCGUUAAUUCCACCAUGGACUCUGGAAAUUCGAUCCGUAUAAAUGUCAUUUUGGAUGAAUGUUUGGAGAAUUUAUUCAAGGAUCUUGUUGCCAAGCCAGAACUUAAUGAUAUGGCAUAUUUAAAGCAUAUCCAUGAAACAACCACAGGAGAAAUCCUAGUAAAAAUUAUACAUAAACAUUUAGGUAUAAUUUUGAAAUUACAACAAAGCACUGCUACUGCAGCCUUUUCAAAUUUUUCCUCAUGGAUAAAUGAAGGUGUGGAUGAAUUAAAGUUUCCCAAAGAUCUAUAUGAGAAGCUUUUACAAGGCAAUAUCGAAGACUCACUACAUUAUCUCUUGAAACAGUCUUCGAGCGAGGCCUUCAGAGAUUGGAAGUAUUUUUUGAUUAUGUUGCAAACAAUUUGUAGCGGUAAUGCCGAAAAAUCUGGGCCUAUUAUAAGAAAGUAUUUAAACACGCGUAUAAAACACUGCGCUUCGGUUCCCUGCAAACGUAUGAUGCUGCAUAUACUUUUGACAGCACGAGCUGCUAGUGCUACCACCAUGGAUAUAGCAAAAAAUUUAAACAAUUAUGGCGAUUGGUAUAAAAAUAAUAUUGGUGAAAUGAAAUUCUUCUUAAAGGCCGAGGAAUUUCAAAAUAUUCUGGAUUUGUUAAAUCAGAGCUUGGCAUAUGAAGCAGAAGUUGAUUAUUUGGAGAUACAUGCCGCCAUAGCCAUUUCACCGCCCAUAUUAUGUGGUAAGUUAGUGCAAGCCUAUAAGAGUAAAUGUAAGCAACGCUUACAGCAAAUCAAAAAGGGCUACAAAGCCAUUGAUGUUAAUGAGAGUAUAGUUAUAGAGGAUAGUAAUUGAUAUGAAUUUACAAAUUUAUACACAGAAUAUACAAACAUUUAUAAGCCUUAAA